CCCAAAUACCUCAGGUGCUUCUGAACCACAAGACCCCUUUCAUCGUCAACCCAGCCUACGCGCACUGACAGACAAUCGACAUUGUCAUGUCCUCUACCGACGGGUCGACAGAUCGCAACAGCAGAUCUCUUAGCAAAGAAAAAGGCGACAUGGCCGGACCAGGCGGUGCAGGCGAGCCAGACGCUGGUGGCCCUCCAUCCCACUUCAGAUCGAACUUCCAGGAGGCCGUCUUUAUCUUCGUCAUUGGCUUGUCACAGCUUUUCUCCGUCGGUGGUCUCGGGAAUGCAGCUUUCUCCGUGCAGCAGAUCGGUCACUCUCUAAAUGCCACGAGCAAUGGUCAAAUGUCCUGGUUCUUGGCCGCAUACUCCCUAUGUGGUGGUGUCUUCGUGCUGGUGACUGGCCGACUGGGUGACCACUUUGGCCACAAGUAUGUCUUCUUAUUCGGAUGGAUUUGGAUGGCCAUCUGGUCUUUAAUCAGCGGGUUUGCCAAAGAUGUGAUUCUCUUUGACAUUGCUCGUGGUAUGACUGGCAUCGGCAACGGUGCACUGGUCCCCAAUUCGUUUGCUCUGCUUGCCCGUGCAUUUCCCCCAUUUUCAGUCAAGAAGAACAUCGCCUUCGCGUUCCUCGGGUUUUGUGCACCUUCGGGCUACAUCUUCGGUGGACUCAUUGGCGCUGCUUUCGCGGAGAAGGUCACCUGGCGCUGGGGAUUCUGGUUCUGGGCCAUUGGCUGCCUCGUCCUCGGCAUCGCGACCUUUAUCGUGGUCCCCCACAGCGUGGGCUCGCCAAUCCCCGGCCUGAGCAUGAAGGAAUUCGACUAUAUUGGAUCUUUCCUUGGCGUCACUGGACUGAUCCUCUUCUCCUUUGCUUGGAACCAAGCCUCCGUGGUGGGCUGGUCGGAACCCUACGUCUACGCGCUUCUCAUCGUCGGCAUCGUCUUCAUCGUGGCCUUUGCCUUUUCGCAGUCGCACGUCAAGAAUGCCGUCCUGCCCAACUCGCUCUGGACCCGCAGGGGCUUCACUCCAGUUGUGACGGCUAUGUCGCUGGGCUGGAUGUCGUUUGGCAUUUUCCUCUACUACACGACUAUUUUCAUCCUCACCAUCCACCAUGCGGAACCGCUCACGACUGUCGCGGAGAUGGUUCCGCUGGUCAUUGGAGGUUUGUUCGCGACGGCCUCGGUCGGACUCUUUAUUGCCAAGGUCCGUGCGCAGUACAUCUUCGGUGUCUCCAUGUUCUCCUUCUUCAUUGGUAACCUGCUCAUGAGCUUCGCCAACUACUCCCCCGUCUACUGGGCUUUCAUUUUUCCCGCCUGCCUGUUCGUCGUCGGCGGCCCAGAUCUCUCGUUCGCUUCGUCGGGGAUUCUGAUUUCGAACGCUGUCUUGCCCGAGGAGCAGGGUGUCGCCGGCUCCUUUAUCUCGACUGUUGUGCAGUACUCCAUCUCCAUCGGUCUGGGUAUUGCUGCCACCGUCGAGGCGCACGUCAACGACAAUGGCAAGGAUGUCAUUCAUGGAUACCGCGGUGCGCUCUGGCUGGGUAUCGCCUUUGCGGCUGUCGCCUUUUUCAUUGUGGUUUUGUUCAUCCGAGACCACCGAUUCGACCAGGAGCCCGAGAAGGAUGGCGCUGCAAGCACUGAUGGUGCUUUUGAGAUGCCAACCGACAAGCCGCCUGCUUGAGGCCUAACUCAGGAAGAGUAAAAUACCCAUGGAGGAAAGUCGGGAAUUGGGACUUUUUACGUGUCCCAUCGAAUGGAUUCUUGCACAAGUCUACAACUACCAAUAAUAGAUUGAUUCUUAAUUUCUACAGCAAAAUGCUUUGAAUACGGCACACUACGCUUCC